CGCGCCCGCCCGCCCCUGGCCGGCCGGCUGCGGCGCAGGCGCAGUGCCCGCAUUCCAUCAUGGCGGAGCGGUCCGUUGGCGGUCGGCAGCGCCGAGGCUGAGGCGGGGGCAGCGGCGCCGCUGACGAAGGAAGGCUGAGGGACAGCACAGCACUUUGCUCCUACUGCAGCAGGCAGUGACCGUGCGCAUCUAUCAACAGGAGCAGCUUCAAGUCAGGAGAGUGUCAACGUGCCUAGAUUUCUUGGAAAAACAGCUUUAUAAGCAUAGAUGUAAACGGUCAUUCCUGGAGUCUUCAAAACUGUGCUUGGCUCCACUCAUUCUCUUACGUAGAGGUGUUGCAAUUCAACUGAUCUACCAAUAAGUUCAGGUCCAGGAGCAGCUGAUUUCAGUGCCAGCAUGCAUCAGGCGAUUACUGAGAGCAGCUGUCAAUGAAUGGUUUUCAGACAUGAUGGCCGACCAGCCACCUCCGUUAGAAGCUACGCCUCUAUUGAACGAAGUGCCACUUCUACCUCACAUGGUUAAUGGAGACAGCAUCCAACAGGUUAUUCUUGUGCAGGUGAACCCGGGAGAAACAUUUACAAUUACAACUGAAGAUGGACACAUUCAGUGUAUUCAAGGUCCAGCCCAUGUUCCUAUGAUGUCACCAAACGGUUCUAUGCCACCGAUUUUUGUGCCUCCCGGUUACGUAUCUCAGGUGGUGGAAGAAAAUGGGGUUCGCAAAGUGGUGGUGUUGCCACACUCGGCUGAAUUCCAUCCUUCCAUGCAUCCUCCGCCUCAUCCUCCCCCCCACGUGCCCCAUUACAUGCAUCAUCACCACGCUCUGCUCCCCCACCCCCCACACCCCGUGUACCCCCCUGUUCCCGGGACAGGAGAGCUGCCGCCGCAGUUCAUCCACCAGCAUCCACCGCCACACGUGUUCCAGGAGCAAGAACCUCGUUCCCAUGGAAGGACAAACUUUAUUCAGCGAGAUGAAAGGAGUCUCAAAAUGCAAGAACACCUGAAGAAAAGACUAAAAGACAGACAAGCGAGCGGUCACACCAACAAUAAGCUUAACAGUCCUCCAUCUUCACCACAUAAAGUUAAUAAUUCUUCCAGUGCAGCAGUUCAGAACGGAAAUGGAAAGGGACAGCAAGGGACAGGAGGGCCGCUAAAGCAGAAGCAGAUAGGAAAAACAAAGGGCAGCCCAGAUGCAGAGCUGGGAGAAUCUGACACGGAAUGCAAGAAGUACGAUACUCACUUGAGCAUUGGCAAGCCAGUAGUUUCUGAUAUACAAGCAAGAUCAGCCGUUCUGUCCUGGAAUCUCCCAGUUAGUUCACAGAAUGGAGAGAGCCAUAGUCAUAGUCCAGCAGCAUUUACAUUUGAAGUAGCAAUAUCCAACAGUGGUAAAAAUGGAAAAUUUAAAUCUGUCUAUGUUGGGGAGGAAUUAACAAUUACCCUUCCUGAUCUCAGACCAGCAACCGAUUACCAUGCCAGAGUUUCAGCAACCAGCAGUUCCAUAAAGGAAUCUGUUUCAGAAUUAGUGAGUUUCACUACGGAAAGUUGCGAGCCAGAUUGUCCAGCUGCACCGAAGCUAAUUAAUAGAACCAAAAACAGCCUGAGUUUGCAGUGGAAGUCUUCAAAUGACAACGGUUCCAAAAUAACUAAUUUCCUUUUAGAAUGGGAUGAGGGGAAGAACGGGCCCUUCAAAGAAUGCUACUACGGGCACCUGAAGCAGUAUAAGCUCACCAAACUCUCUCCUUCCACAAGAUACUCGCUUAGACUGGCUGCUAAGAACGAUAUUGGAAUGAGUGGGUUCAGUGAGACGGUGACGUACUGCACAGCAGGGAUGGUGCCCCCAGCCCCGCCGCCCCCGCUGCUCGUUGAAGCUGGGGUGACCUGGCUGGCCCUGCGGUGGAGCCCCCCCAGCGGAGUGUCCUCAGAGGACGCCCUCACUUACACGUUGGACGUGGAGGAGGAAGGUUCCGGUUAUGGUUUCCAGCCACAGUACAACGGAGACGAGCUCUCAUGCACUUUAAGAAAUCUUAGAAGGAGUACAUCCUAUAAGUUUAGGCUCUUUGCCUACAACAGCGAAGGAAAAAGCAGCCCAAGUGAGGUAGUGGAACACAGCACCAACCCUGACAAACCUGGGCCUCCAAGUAAACCAGCUGCAAAGGGGAAGAUCCAUUCCCACAGCGUGAAAGUAGCAUGGGAACCGCCCAAAGAUAAUGGAGGAUCAGACAUUGUUAAGUACUUUCUGGAGAUCUCAGAAGCAGUCAUUGGGAGUAAAUGGGACGUCAUCUAUAGCGGUUCGCAGAGAGAGCAUGUGUGUGAUCAUCUCAAGCCUGGUACUUCGUACAGAAUGAGAGUUCAUUGUGUCAGCAGAGGUGGGGAGAGCCAGGCUUCUGAUGUUCUGACUGUUACAACAUCAGCUGUUCCUCCGGGGCCCUGUCCUGCUCCGUGCCUGGCAGGCAAGGCGAAGCCCAAGGAGAUCGCAUUGCAGUGGGGCCCACCACCUGUAGAUGGAGGAUCUGACAUAACAGAAUACGUUCUGGAGAUGGCAAACUCGGAGCAGGAGGAGCGCAGACAGGUGUACCAGGGUGCUGCACCCGAGUGCACUGUGAGCAACCUGCUCCCUGGCAGGGCGUACUGCUUCUGGCUGCGGGCAGCAAACAGGGUCGGGUUUGGUCCUCACUCAGACAAAGCAGAAAUCUCUACUGCUCCAGGCCCCCCUGAUCAGUGCUGCAAACCUGCGAUCACCUGUAAAAAUGCAACCUGUGUUGCAGUUUCCUGGGAGAGUCCUGCGUGCAAUGGUGCAGAAAUCAGUGAAUACAGACUGGAGUGGGGACAGGUGGAAGGAUCGAUGCAUGUCAUUUACACAGGCCCUUGCCAGAGCUAUGAAGUGAAGGGUCUCACGCCUGCAACCACGUAUUAUUGUCGUGUACAGGCUGUGAACGUGGCUGGGGUUGGGCUGUUUGGAGAGGCUGGAGUGGUGACGACCCCUGCGUCGGUGCCUGCAGCCGUGGCCGUGCUGCAGCUGCUGGAGGAAGACCAAAUGGAAGUUUCUCUUCCUUUAUCAACGUGCCUUGCAAUUCAAUGGGAAGAGCCGUGUUGUCAUGGGGCAGAGAUCACUGGAUAUAAUAUAGAAUAUGGGGAAAAGCAGCUUGUAACUGUUGGAAGGAAUACAAGCCACAUUCUUGAGAAUCUGCUGCCUGAUACUCUCUACAGGGUGAGAAUACAGGCCAUAAACAGCUUUGGAGUUGGUCCUUUCAGUCAUUCCAUUAAAGCCAAAACGAAACCACUACCUCCUGACCCUCCUCACCUUGAAUGUGUGGUCUUCAGCUACCAGAGCCUUAAACUUAAAUGGGGUGAAGGUCCUAGCAGAGCUUUAAUUACCAACCCUACACAGUUCAACUUGCAGAUGGAGGACAGGUUUGGCAGGUUUGUUACAGUUUACAGUGGUCCGUGUCACACGUACAAAGUACAGCGGCUCAGUGAAUCCACCACGUACUAUUUCAAGAUCCAGGCCUACAACGAUGCUGGAGAGGGAGAGUUUUCUGACGUUUACGCUUUCACUACAACCAAGUCUCCCCCUGCUUCUCUUAAAGCACCCAAAGCAAAUCAGCUGGAAGAAAACACUUAUGAAAUCACAUGGGAACCUUUACAGCCGAUGAAAGGAGAUUCCAUUGUUUACAUCCUCCAGCUUGCUGCUGGGAGAGAGUUUGAUCAGGUAUACAAGGGACCAGAGACUUCCUUCCGUCUCACAGGCCUGCAGACAAACUGUGAGUACCGGAUCCGAGUCUGCGCUGGCCGUCAGUCACAGGACGCUGCUGGAUCCCAAGAACUGUAUGGACCUUACAGCCCCACUGCAGUGUUCUCAUCUCAGAAGCAGGAGCUGGAGCCGCAGUGUGCCGCCGUGCCCACGGAGCUGGCAGACAGCAGGAAGACGUUGCACGAGGAGCGCUUCAUCGCCAUCGUUCUUCUCUGCGGCUUCGCAGUGGUCGCCAUUUUAUUUGCUGUCGUCAUUCAGUACUUUGUGAUCAAGUAGACGGGAACCUACUCAGUGCUCAGCUCUUUGUACAGAAGCUCUUUCGGGUAUUUAUGGUUAGUUCUAAUUGAAAUCCUAGCUGGUGAUGUGUGGAUAUGCGCGUGUCCGCCCUGCUGCUGGCUGACAGCGAGGCUGGGUCGGCAGCUCCCUUCCAAAUACCGAAUUUCUUGUAGAAAGGGUGAUCCUUUGUCCUCUGUAAUCAGGGUUAGCUGUUAGAAAACAGCACAAACUGCCUUACUGUGCACACCGGUGUGUGUGUGCACGCUCUGCUCUCUCUGAAUUCACACGAGGCCCCUUGGGCAGUCAGAGAGGGGCGGCGUUAGUAGAACAAGUCCUUUCCAAGUCCAGCUAGAGCAGGGCAGCCCAUCAGCAGUGUGUAACCAGGCGUCGCAGUUUGGUAGACGUGACAUACAGCAGCACAGAUGCUUAAGCUUAGAGCAGUACUGCAUUGCAGAACAUUACUAGAGCAUACCACAUUUAAUAUACUGUAGAAGGAAAGCAGAAUAUUGACUUAGUGAUAUUACUACUUUACAGUUACUUUAAUACGUUGGAUUCAGUAAUAAUCAUUUCGAGCGUUCAGAGUCGCGGGUGCCAGCGUUGGUAGGGUUUGAAUCGAGAUGCUCAGACAGUGAGCAGGGCAGCUGCGUUGGGGUGUGUGGUGCAGGAAGGCCCCCCUGCACUGCACACUUGUGAACGCAGCGCUUCCUGCCGGUGGCGAGCAGCUGUUGGCCCAAUCCACAUUUCACUCUCAGUGCCUGAGAGAAAAGUAAUUUCCUGUGCUUUGGAUGAAAUCUUCGCAGCGUUUCCAGAAGAGCACAGGUAUUGUCUUUAAGGAGAAAGAGUGCAUUUAUGAUAAAUGUUACACUAUUUGGCUCAAACUGAGCAAAUGUUUUUUGUACUAUUAUUAACCUAAAAAAUAAAACUUCAGACUGCUUUUGGAUGCCCUUCUUACGUAACCCGAAUGAUCAAAUUGUACGUGGAAGAACUCUUUUUAGCUAACCUUUGUACGACGUUUUAACCGACUUGCUAUCCCGGUGGUAGCAGCUUCACAUUCCGUUGUUUCCUAGAUGGGAAUGUUCAGCCUGCUAUGAGCUUCUCUGAGACGUGUCCCGUUUGUCAGGGGGAUUUCGGGUGGGCACUGUGCACUACAUCUGCCCUUCUCGUUGCUUCUGCUUGCGAAUGCCUGCAGGUGGAUCUGACAGCUGUCUUCUCUGUGCCAAAGGGUUUGAGAGCUGGAGCUCGCGAGUUCAGGAGGCGUUUCAGCAUGGGUCUGCUGACAGCGUGGCAUAGAAAGGUCGAGUGAGGGUUAGCACCCACCAGAACGAGGCACUUGUACGUGGAGUGCUGGAUGUGCUGCAGGCUAAGGAUUGCCAGUGAUUACUCACUUCAAGGGUCUUUCUCCUAUGGCAGUUGGUGAAUAAUGUUGCGUUGUAGUUCGAGGCAUUGUGUUGUAUUUCAGAUGUGGAGAACCUAAAUUAUGACAUAGUAUCGCUUAAUACUCGUAAAAGUAGAUUUAUGGUGCAAUCUGAAAUUAAUCUUUUUCAAAAUGUACUCUUCAUUUUGUACUCUAUUUAUUUUGAUUAAAAGUCCUGGAAAAAUGUAUGUUUGAAUGUAUUGUUCUACUUGUAGCAGAACUUUAAGUUAAUCAUUUAUUAUAUCAUAGAAAUCUCUCCCUCCGCUUUUGGAAAGAGUUUUAUACAGAUCUUAGUGUCUUUAGUUUGCAGAAGAGUUUACAGUCUGUCUCUGUUCCUCUUUAUAGCCUACUUUUAGCAAAUACGACCGCCUUCAGCAAAUCUCUGUUGCCAAAGGGUUAUUUCUUUUAACUCUUAGAACGAAGUUUGUAGAGGUUCAUUCACAAUACUAUUUCUGAUGGUUUUAAAAGGUAAAUUAGGAUGGCAAAGUAAAUACUAACAAGGGACGACUCCCGAAAAAGGAAAAGUUCUUCUGUCAUUGCCACGAAGUGCUCAGUGCUGGCAGAUGCACCGGGGAGCCUCCCUCUGUGCAGACGGGCAUCAGCUCUUAUCCAUUCCAGAACGAAACGCCCUCGUGGCAUCAAUGCGCCAGCUAUCUUCGUUUCUCUGUAUUGUAAUUUUGAGGUAUCUCUAUGUUAAAGCCGCCAUGCAUUGUAUUACUAAAUUGUAACUAUCAAAUAGAUAAUAUAUUUAAUACAGCCAAUAAAUAAUACGAAUGUAUUCAGAUUUGA